AAAGACCCUCAGACUCCUGCAGCAGCAGAGACAGAGACCAACCCUCUACCUCAGAUGUUCCACAUGGAAUCAAAGCCAGAUGAGACUAACGCACAGAUGGACAGUGGACCAGAGGUUUCUCGUCAUUCGUGCGAUUCAGAUGAAACUGUUCUGAAAGAAACCUGUGAUGAGGCUUCUCCAAACAACCAUUCCAGAGAGCAAUCAGAUGAUGAACUUCCACCUCUGAGACGCACAAAAAGCAUUAUGAUGGAUCGACUACAAGAUUUUGCUGGCUGUCUCUACGAUUCAAGUGAUGACAGCACAGAGGGCACUUUGAUUUCUAAGCCUGAAAGGGAUUCACAGAGGCUGAGAAGAAGCUCUCGCCAUCCUAUUCAGAUGCCUCUUGUGGAAUCAGAUAACUCUAACAUUGGCAGUGAAGAUGAGUACAUUCCAUGUCCCAAGGACGAAAGCACAGAAAGUGAUAGCAGUUUGGAAUUAACCCUGGAAAAUAAAAAAAGGAACAAAGGUGCAUCUAGUGAGAGCAGAAGAAAGUCUUCCAGUCGGAGCAAGUUUAAGCCCAGGGAGAGUGGAAGUGAGUCCUCCAAGCAGAAAAGAAGCAGGUCUUCCAGUCAGAGCCAGCUUGAUUUUAGCCAGAAGAGACCCUUUAAAACAGGUCAUGACCCCACACAAAUAUUUCCAAAUAGCAGAGUUGAUGGUAAUGAAAAGAAAAUAGUUGCAACAUAUUCUAAAAAGGAUGUGAGUGUUUCAAUGCCCCUGGAAGAAGAGCAGUCUAUGUAUGUCAAUCCAGUUUUAAAGAAGAUGGAUGGGUCUAGAAGCUACAACAAAAAACAUUUCUGCUUUUAUUGCAGAAAGUUUGUCCAGAAAAUGUCAAGGCACUUGUGGCGUAAACACCAAGAUGAAACAGAUGUUGCAAAAGCAUUCAGUUUGCCAAAGAACUCAAAAGAAAGGAAACUGCAGUUGGACUACAUACGAAAUAAGGGCAACUUUGAGCACAAUAGUGAGGUUUUGGAGACACAGAAAGGCAAACUCAUCCCAUGGAAGCAACCACAGAAAAAAUCUGAAGGACAGGAAUUUGCACAUUGUAUUCACUGCUAUGGUUUGUUCUCAAGAAGAGCAAUGUGGCGGCAUUUUCAGGUUUGCAACUUCAAACCCGAGAGUAGUAAACCCGGUAAAACUCGUGUUCUUUCUUUGUGUGCUUUCGCUGAACCUGCUCCACCUGGAUUUAAUGAUGCUUAUUGGAAGUUCUUAAGUGUUAUGAAUCAAGACAGGAUUGCAGUUGCUAUUAAAGAAGACCGCUGUAUUCUUGAAUAUGGUUACAGACUGUUCAGGAAGAACGAGAAGGUGGUCAGUCAACACCAGUAUAUUCGGCAAAAACUGAGAGAGCUUGGCAGGCUGUUAUUGAAAGCAAGACAAGUUACACAUGUGAAGACCAUCCAAGAACUCAUAAAACCUGAACAGUACAGUCAGGUGGUCACUACUGCAAAGAGCCUAUCUGGAUUCAGUGAGCAAACUGGCAAAUACCAAUGUCCGUCUCUUGCUCGCAAGGUUGGACACAGCUUGUAUUCUUUGGCCAUGUUUAUCAAGUCCGAAGGCCUGAAAAAGAAAGAUAAACAAGCUACUCAAGAUGCUGAGGAGUUUGCGCUGCUUUAUCAAGAAAGUUGGAGAUUUGACAUUGCAAGCCAAGCAUUAACUCAACUUGACCAGACCAAAUGGAAUGCUCCUCUACUGUUACCUUUCACACAAGAUAUUCAAAAGUUUCAUUGUCAUCUAGCUGAGAAACAGCAGCAACAUUUGAAUGAUCUGCAAAAACACCCAUCACCAUCAAACUGGAAGGAGCUUGCAAAAGUUACCCUCACACAAGUUGUACUGUUUAACCGGCGGAGAGGAGGGGAAGUGUCCAGGAUGCUUCUGUCUGCGUAUCUAUCAAAGGACACAUCAGACACACAUGGUGACGUUAGCUUGGCCCUUACACCGCUUGAACAGAAGCUGUGCAAACAUUUUGUAAGGAUUACAAUUGUAGGAAAGAGAGGAAGAAAGGUUCCAGUUCUUUUAACCCCAAUCAUGAGAGAGUCACUUGAUGCUCUGACUGAGAAGAGAGAAGAAUGUGGAGUGCUGUCUGAAAAUGGAUAUCUGUUUGCAUUACCUCACUCUGUCCAUUACAUAAGGGCUUGUGACUGCAUAAGGCAGUUUGUGAAAGAAUGUGAUCACCUUGAAAAUCCUAAAGCCUUAACAUCAACAAGACUAAGGAAACAUAUCGCCACCCUCUCUACUGUAUUGAACCUUAAGACCACAGAACUCGAUCAGUUGGCAGACUUCCUUGGCCAUAAUAUUGCUGUGCACCGAAAGCACUACCGCCUUCCGGAGGGCACCCUCCAGUUGGCCAAAAUCAGCAAAGUGCUUCUGGCAAUGGAACAGGGACGCCUAGGAGAAUACAAAGGAAAGAGCCUGGAUGAAAUUCAAGUUGACGUGAAUGAGACCAUUGGCAUAGAGGGGCCUUCAGAAGAGGACAUUGAAGGAGAACAGGGGUCAGAAGAUGAGGAGAGCAUGUCAUCCCUGAACAUCUGUACCUCAACAUCACAAGUCCAAAACCAGGGAGUGUCUCCAACGGAUGUCACUAUGCCAGGACAACAGGGGUCAGAAGAUGAGGUCAGCACGUCAUCCCUGCAAGAAUGUACCUCCACAUCGCAAGUCCAAAACCAGAGUGUGUCUGCAAGAAAGAGAGGUAAGCAAGCUCCUGUGAGACGUUGGACACCAGAGGAAAUUGCUGCAGUAGAAAAACAUCUGAAGAAGUUCAUUGUGAGGCAAGAUGUUCCAGGUAAAGCGGACUGUGAGCGCUGCAUUGCUUCAGAACCGCAAGCGCUACAAAAUAGAGACUGGAAAGCAGUCAAAUAUUUCAUCAAAAAUAGAAUAACUACCAUGAGAAGAAAAUUAUAAUGAAAGCAGUUCAACGAUCAGAGGUAUGGACACACAUUUUCAGUUUGGGUCCUAUACUUUGUUUAAAUGUUUUGAAAUGUACUGUAGUUUAAAGUAGCUGCUGUGGUUUUAGCAGUCAACAACACAUUAAACAAGUACAUGUUUGGCAAAGUCAAAUGUUUGAUUAUCUGGUUAACUUUGCAGUAAUGAUUGUUUUGUUUUCCUGUAAUCAUUAGUUGCAGCAUUAGAGUCUCAAUUUUGUCUCAAGCAUGUUUUAUGUUUUUUAUAUACGGACAAAAAAACUUAUUUUCGUUUUGUGUAAAAAGUAGUCAGAUGACUGACUUGUUCGCAAAAUAAAUACAUGUGCCUUCAGGAUAACUUGUUGAAAGCAUUUUAUUUUAUUGUUAGCAUAUAGCAUAUCUGUCUCAAGUCUUAUUAAGUGCUGGUGCUAACGAUCAUUAUUUGAUUACCAUGCUACUACCCUGUCUUCCUGUUGAUGUUGUAAGAUGAUAGCACAUGCAGUAGUUAAUGAGCUAACAAGGCAUCUAAAUUUGCACGUGUAAAGGGAAAUGAGAUGGAAUGAAGGAAGAAGAGUAUUUAAUUUUGAAAUAUAGAUCCUUAAUGCAGUCAGAGUCUAUGUGCAGUAGAAACCAUUAAUGGGCCCCAGAUAGUAACCUAACACCCCACAAAGAUAUAAAAACAAGAGAAGUGUAUGUGUGUGUGACACUGGACCUCACAAGUACUGUAUGUUAGAAACUGGGCCCACAAGUGACCAAAAAACUGGCAUGGAGACAAAAGUUUAGAAUCUUGGUACAUUGAAGUGAUUUUUGUGAUUGGGAUUUUUUUUUCAUCUUACCUGAUUUUUUACAGCAGUGUAGAACCACUGGAAAGGGUGGAUCCCAUAAAUGACCAAAGAACUGGUGGGCCCCCUGAGGGGCAAACACCAGUAUGUGUGUGUGUGUGUGUGUGUGUGUGUGUGUGUGUGUGUGUGUGUGU